CCAUGGCGAAGCCCGACAGCGCGCUGCGGGAGGCGCUCGAGGACAGGGACCCGGGAAACCUCAAUAACCAUAUACAGAUAGUGUGGAGCGAUAUAGUCGGGGAGCCGGAGGGCGCUCGCAGCCCUGAGUGCGCGUGGCGGCUCAGCCACGUGUGCUUCAGCCGCGGGCGCGACUGCUGCUACACGCUGCUGGCGGUGCUCGUCGCGCCGCCCUGCGCGCUGCUGCUGGGCUGCGGCUUCGCGUGUCUGGCCUUUGAGCAAAUCUGGUGCACGACCCCCUGUCUCCGGUGCCUGAAGAUCUACUUCGCGUCGCUCCGCACGCUGGUGCAGUCCUGUAUGGCGGCGACAGUCGCGCCCGCCAUGGAGGCCGUCGGUCACAUCUGUCGCCACAUCAGGGUCAACAUUAGGCGAGACGCGCCCGACGACACGGACUUACUUGUAGUGUAGGCUCUUGGACUAUAAUGUAGCUUUAUUGACGUGUAUCCAAUUUUAGCUCUUCUAUUCUACCUAGUUCUUAGU